CCUACAAUUACAUCAUGGAGGACAUCGUCGAGCGUGUUUUGCACCACGUCGAUAAAAAUGGUCCUGUCGACUCAUUGGAGCUUGCUAGACUUUUUUCGGUGGAUCAUCAGAAGAUAGUUGGUGCUGUGAAGAGUAUUCAAUCAUUUGGUGAAGUGAUACUAGCUGACUUGCGGAGCAGCAAAGCAUGGGAAUUAACUGGGGAAGGCGCAGAAGCCGCGGAGAAAGGCAGCCACGAGGCUGUGUUAUUCAACGCUGUACCCGACGAAGGUGUAAAACAGCAGGAGCUCAUGAAGGGGCUGCCGAAUGCCAAGAUCGGAUUCAGCAAGGCCAUGUCUCUCGGCUGGAUAAAGCUAGACAAGAACUGCGGUGAUGGACCUAAGGUUUUUCGCAAGGUUGACAAUAUCGAGGAUGAAGUGCAGAAGUGCCUGCAUAAAAUACGGGAACUGAACUUCACUGAAGUGACGGAUGCUCAGAAGCAAGACCUGAAGAAACGAAAACUACUUCAAGAGGUGGUUGUCAAGAGCUACUGGAUUGAUAAGGGACCCAACUUUACUACCAGCCUAGUGAAGGCAGAGACAGACCUCACCCCAGAGAUGAUUGCAACGGGUUCUUGGAAAGAGAAACAAUUCAAGCCGUACAACUUCGAAGCCCUCGGCAUCCAGCCAGAGUCGGGCCACCUGCAUCCACUGCUCAAAGUCAGAGCAGAGUUUCGCAAGAUAUUCCUCGAGUUAGGGUUCACAGAAAUGCCGACAAAUCAGUGGGUGGAGAGCUCAUUCUGGAACUUUGAUGCACUCUUCCAACCCCAACAGCAUCCUGCACGAGACGCUCACGACACAUUUUUUGUGUCAGAUCCAGCAACAUCGAGCGAUUUCCCGCCAGAUUACAUGGAGCGUGUGAAGAAGGUCCAUUCAGAAGGGGGCUAUGGUUCUCAUGGUUAUCAGUAUAACUGGAAGGUAGAAGAGGCACAGAAAAAUCUCCUACGAACGCACACAACAGCCGUGAGCGCUCGCAUGCUGUAUAAGCUCGCGCAGGAGAAAACCUUCCGUCCCGUGAAAUACUUCAGUAUAGACAGGGUGUUCCGUAACGAAACGUUGGACGCGACGCACUUGGCUGAGUUCUGUCAGAUUGAAGGAGUGGUGGCAGACUACGGGCUCACGCUGGGGAAUCUCAUGGGCAUCAUCGGAGAGUUCUUUAAAAAACUAGGCAUGAGUCAGUUGCGUUUCAAGCCGGCCUAUAAUCCCUACACGGAACCCAGCAUGGAAAUCUUCAGUUACCAUCCUGGACUUAGAAAAUGGGUGGAGGUCGGAAAUUCUGGACUCUUCCGCCCGGAGAUGCUUCUUCCCAUGGGCCUGCCUCCCGACGUCGUAGUCAUCGCGUGGGGGCUUUCUUUAGAAAGGCCAACCAUGAUCAAGUAUGGCAUCAACAACAUUCGUGACUUGGUGGGACCAAAGGUGGACCUGCAGAUGGUGUACGAUAACCCCAUCUGCAGGCUGGACAAGCACUGACUCCGUCGGCUUCGGGCACUAUUUAUGGGGCACGUGAAGAGCUUUUUAUUUUUAUUUUUUUUCUAAGAGUUUAUCCCUGUUGAAAGGGAAUAUGUGGCAGGCACAAUAAAUAUCGGCAAACAUUUGAACCGAAUGAAAACA